AUGGACAUCAUGUCUGCUAGUUCAGCUGCAUUUGCUGCUGCUCCAGCGGCCACCUCCGGCUCCGACCUACAUUCUAGCACCUGCUCGACCGCCCCUACUUGGGCUGCGACGUCCACUUCGUCCCUUGCCUCCCUGCAUGACUACUCCAACUACCCUUUGAUCCGUCAAGGUGAUCGCACCUACCUCCGAGACCCUGACAGUCUAUACCCUUUGCCAUGCGACCUGCCAGAAAUCCAUCGCCAGUCCUUGCGCUCGCUCAUGCUAAUGCGCGUCUUUGGCGGCCCUUUCUGCACCCCGUACCCACCUGACCGGCCACCGAAACGGAUUCUGGAGAUCGCCUGUGGCUCCGGUCUUUGGUCCAGCCUGUGUCAUGACUAUUUCUCUCGGCUCGGCCAUCGCAACGUCUCUUUCUACGGUGUGGACUUGGUUUCAGUGGCCCCCGACUUGCGCAAAACCGGUGUGAACUGGCACUUCAAGCGACAUGACCUACGCAAACCGCGCCUGCCUUUCCCCAACGACUAUUUCGACUUCGUUUUCAUCAAAGACGCGGGGAUGUGUCCGUCCAGCCCUGCUCAGCAGGCAUCGGGCUUGAGCGAACCGCUGCGCAUUCUCAAAUCGGGCGGAAUCCUGGAAGUGUGGGAUUCCGACUGGGUAUUCCGAUCACUACUUCCCAAUCCGGCUCCCGCUCGCAAAUUAGCGUCAAGAGAACAAGAAACUGCCGAUGCGACCGCGACGUAUACGUUUUCGUCUGCGACCCCCUUCACAAAAGUCCAGAACAAGUUUCUGCAAGAUUACAACUCCUGGGUGGAGAAAGCCUUUGACCGCCGCAAGCUUACUGCGCUGCCGUGUGCCACCAUCGGUCUCUCCUUUAACUCCGAGAUUGAUGUUCUAGAGAACAUCGACAGUCGUCGCAUAGCGAUUCCGCUAGGCGAGCUGCGAUGGGAGCGGGAAGGACACGGUAAGGACUCGAGCGGGGGCACGCGCAAGCAGCUGACCGCGGAUCAGCUGUCUAUCCGACGCACGGCUCUCUUGACAGUGAUUCAGAUGAUCGAGGGCAUGGAGCCCAUGCUGAUGGAAGCCAGUGGGAAGAGUAGAGAUGAAUGGGACAGAUGGUGGACCGCCAUGAUGGCGGACGUGUUCCAUAAGGGGGGCCUUGCCAACGGCGAAUGUUUGGAAGUGAGCGCCUGGUGGGCUCGCAAGAAAUAG